GCGGUGCUCAGUCUCAGUUUAUAGAACCUGAUAUCUAUUUCCUCACACCCCUACCAACAACAUCCCCACCAAUUCUAAAUAAUGGACACGUUUAUGAACCUCGCGAAACAGGGAUACCAGGCGUACAGCGAGUCCCACUCCGAUGUCAACAAAACCGGUGGCCAGGAGUACAACUCACCCCAUCACCGUCCCGCCCAGGACGACCGACCGCACUUCGACCACGAUGAGGCAGUUCACACUGCCCAGAGACACGCUGAGAGCUCUGGCGAUCCCGGAAUGUUCGCCGCUGCGAUGAACCAUGUCAACUCGAACAGGGCCCAACACGAGCACCCGGUCGACGAAGAUGAAGUACAGAAUGCACACAGACAAGCUUACAGGGAGGGAGGGGCGAGCGGUCUCAGCGCCGGGUCUAUGGGUGGUGCUGCAGCAAUGCAGAUCCUGCAGAAAUUCACUUCUGGUGGCGGCAGUUCGGGCGGCGGAGGAUCCAAGACUGAGCUGAUCAGCAUGGCUAUGGCUGAAGCCAGCAAACUGUUCGAUAAAUCCGGGGGUGGAAGCGGGGGGAGCAAACAGGACGCGAUCAACGGCGCUGCCAUGACCGUCAUGAAACUCGUCGUCCAGUCCAAGCUAGGCGGAACCACUGGUGGCAGUAACAGCGGUGGAAUCGGAAGCUUGAUGGGCCUGGGCUUCCAAAUUCAUGUAAACCAUGUUCAAACUGUAAGUGAAGUAUAUAAAAAGACGACGUACUAAAAAGAAGACACUGUUGUUUUACUUUCUGUUGUAAUACCUAGUUACUGUUCUAGCUACUGUUCCUAGUCAUACGAUUUAUUUCUUCUCAGGCAUUCAGCGAGCUUUUGGGAAUGGG